AUGCUUUUCCCACUGGGACCCAAUCGCGUUUGUUGUCACAUCCGGUCCAUCUACACAUCAGCAGCCGCUUUGGCAAAGAAAUAUGAACCUGAUCUGAGUGAUCCGAAGAAGCUGGCACUUCAUAAGCUGUAUAGGCCGGAAAGGGUCACACCGAGUGAGAAAGGAUACGAACUCCUUAAUACUUCUAGACUGAAUAAGGGCAUGGCUUUUUCAUUAACUGAACGCCAAUACCUCGGAAUUCAUGGUCUACUACCACCGGCCUUUAUGACACAAGAACAGCAAGCUUAUCGUGUAAUGAGUAGAAUUCGAGAGGAGCCAGAUAACUUACAAAAGUUCGUUACAGUUCUCAAGACA